GCCUAUCCUGUACUUCCGGUGUUUAGGUUUCUAAAAGUGCAAUGGCUUCUCAUUUGAGCUCUGGUCGAGUAGAUAUUGGACAAUUGCGAGAAGUUGGUCGUCGCGAAUUAUUAGAAUGCUUGGAUAAGUGUAUUGGUACAAAGGCUUUGGUUUGGGACGAACAACUUACUGGACCUUUUGGAUUGAUUGCUGAAUAUGUGUUACUAAAGGAGCAUGACGUUAUUUCAAUGUGUCCCCUUCGACAAGGAAGAUUGCCAUCUUCUGACGUCCAAAAUAUCAUCUUUCUAGUCAGACCAAACUUAAAUCUUAUGGACAUGGUGGCAGACUGUACUUUAAAAGAGGAAGAGCAAAGAGGUCCAAAGAAAGAAUUUCACAUUUUCUUUGUUCCAAGGAGAACGCUUCUCUGUGAAAAAAAGUUAGAGGAACGAGGGGUUUAUGGAACUUUCACCGAUGUGGAUGAGUGUGCUUUGGAGCUGUUUCCUGUUGAUAAUGAUGUCCUUUCAAUGGAGCUAGACUUUUCAUUUAAGGAAUGGAUCAUUGAAAAUGAUAUGACCAGCUUAUAUCAUGCGGCCAGAGCUCUGAUGCGACUACAAGCCUUAUAUGGGUUCAUACCUAGCAUUUGUGGCAAAGGGAAAGGAGCAAAGUUAGUGUUUGAACUGAUGACAAGAAUGAGGCGGGAGCUCUCUGAUAACGAACCUCAAAUAACUCCUCAGAUUGACAGCUUAGUUUUGCUUGACCGGUCAGUUGAUUUAUUGUCACCACUUGCAACUCAGCUCACUUAUGAAGGACUUCUCGAUGAACUGUAUGGAAUUCACAAUAAUGUGAUCAAGCUUCCUCCAGAAAAAUUCACCAAGUCUAGUGAAGGUGGCCCUCAAGAGAUUGCCACUGAACCAGCUAAGUUUCUGUUGAAUUCUGCAGAGGAGCUGUUUGCUGAACUUAGAGAUAAAAAUUUCAAUGCUGUCGGUGGCUUAUUAAGUAAAAAGGCAAAAUUGCUAUCUGCUCAGUUUGAGGAAAGACACGGAGCUAAAACGAUUGGGGAAAUCAAACAGUUUGUUGAUCGACUGCCACACAUGCAAGCUUCCAAAAAAUCGCUUGCUACACAUACUUCAAUGGCUGAAUUAAUUAAAGAAGUGACUGACACAGAGGCAUUCCUCGAAGCCUUGCAAGUAGAGCAAGAAUUCAUGAACGGAAUUGAGACGGACAAGGCAAACCCUUAUAUAGAAGAAUGUAUAGCUAGACAAGAACCGAUAAUCAAGGUUCUCAGACUCAUCUGUAUGCAGUCAGUAACUAACAAUGGCCUGAAGUCCAAACUUCUGGAAUACUACAAAAGAGAAAUUCUACAGGUUCAGUAUUAAGCAAUGGCUUGAAG